AUGUCGUUCUCUCUAGUUUUGUUAUCCGUCGGGUGUCUCAUCCCCGGAAUUAGCCAUGCUGCCAAAGUGCCUGCUGCCGCUCAGCUCGUUGACUGGAAGAGCUUCAAUGUCCUUGAGACCGUGGCCCCUCCCGCGGAGGCGAACGAUUCGACGAUUUUUCUCUGGCCUGGUGUGACUCGAGAGUCUCUUGAAGCGAAACCCUUCCACAUAUACGACGACGAGUUCUACGAUGUCAUUGGACAGGAUCCUUCCCUGACCCUCAUUGCUACUUCUGAGACCGACCCUAUCUUUCACGAGGCUGUCGUGUGGUACCCUCCUAAAGACGAGGUUUUUUUCGUCCAGAAUGCUGGUGCUCCUGCUGCAGGUACUGGUUUGAAUAAGUCCUCCAUCAUCCAGAAGAUCUCACUUAGCGAAGCCGAGGCUGUACGUAAGGGUGAAAAGGACAACGCGACCGUCACUGUAGUGCCUUCAAAUCCCCAGGUCGUCAACCCCAAUGGUGGCACGAAUUACAAAGGCAACAUUGUCUUUGCUGGAGAGGGCCAGGGUGAAGAUAUCACCUCCACGAUGUAUCUCAUGAACCCCGAGGCUCCAUUUAACACUACAGUCCUCUUCAACAACUAUUUUGGUCGCCAAUUCAACUCGCUCAACGACGUUGUCAUCAACCCCCGUAAUGGAGAACUGUACUUCACCGAUACCCUCUACGGCUUCCUGCAGGACUUUCGCCCUCCUCCUGGCCUGCGCAACCAAGUUUACCGCUAUAACUUCGAGACCGGCGCUAUCGCGGUUGUCGCCGACGACUUCACUUUGCCCAAUGGUCUCACCUUCUCACCUGAUGGCAAGAAGGCAUACGUCACCGACACCGGCAUUGCUCUAGGAUUCUACGGCCGCAACCUCUCAUCUCCCGCCUCUGUCUACUCUUUCGACGUGAACGAAGACGGUACCUGGGAGAACCGCAAGACCUUUGCCUACACUGCUUCCUUCAUCCCCGAUGGUGUUCACACUGACUCUGCUGGCCGCGUCUACUCUGGCUGUGGCGACGGGGUCCACGUCUGGAAUCCCUCCGGCAAGCUUAUCGGCAAGAUUUACACUGGCGCUGUUGCUGCCAAUUUUCAGUUCGCUGGAAAUGGCCGGAUGAUCAUUACUGGGCAGACAAAGCUAUUUUACGUUACUCUCGCUGCUUGCGGCGUUGGGCUACAGUAG